UUCGUCUGCACUGGUGGCUCACCUACAAGGCUAAAGCUUUAUGCUGAAUGGUUUGCGAAAGAAUGCAACCUUGAGUGUAGCGAAAAUCUUUCCAAAAGUGACCGUUAUGUCCUGUAUAAGACUGGAAAACACGGUAUGGGAACGCCUUCACUGAGUAUUAUGCUUAUUGAGAUGUUAAAAUUGAUGCAUCACGCCAAAGCAGAAGAUGUUAAAUUUAUCCGAUUAGGGACCUCUGGAGGCGUUGGCGUCGAACCGGGUACAGUUGUGGUCAGCACAAAUGCAAUGAACGGUGAACUUACUGACAAAUAUGUUCAGUGGAUUGCUGGGAAGAGGAUAAGUGGUUUUUCUGCAUCAAAAUGUUUUGGAGUAGAAAGAGAAACAUGGCUUGAUGAAGAUUUACGAAAAGAGCUGCUCGCCCUUGCUGCUGAGAUGAAUAUUCCUGUAGACACUGGUCUGACGUUAUGCGCUGAUGACUUCUAUGAAGGUCAAAUGCGUCUCGAUGGAUUUUUCUGUGACUACAAGAUGGACGAAAAAUUCGAAUUUCUGAAAAAGCUCCACGAAUUAGGCGUUCGAAACAUUGAAAUGGAAAGCACAUGCUUUGCGUCAACGACAUACCGUGCCGGAGUUAAAGGUGGG